GUACAUGAUCAUCCAAAUGGAGCUGUGUGCAACGAAGACGCUGCGUCAUGUGAUCGACUUCGAAAGCCUCUCGGCAAAUCCCGGUCGAGCAUGGGGCCUGUUUCGCGAGUUGACUGACGGCCUCGCGUACAUUCAUUCCAAAAACGUGAUCCAUCGGGAUUUGAAACCAGCCAAUAUUAUGCUCGACACGAACGAUCACGUGAAAAUUGUGGAUUUCGGACUGGCUACACGUACUGUGAACGAGCAAGUGGUCAACGUGUUGCAUCACGUCGAGAUGAUGCAGAAGCACACAGGGGAAAUCGGAGCUGCUCCCGGUCAAUCUCAGGCAGCAGAAGUAAGCGGUCAGCCGUCUCCCGGCCUAUCGCCUAGCGCCAAAUUCAAAGCAUGUGCCAAAAAUUUGGCGAUGUUCGAGCGCUCUAUGACCCGGGAUGUUGGCACCUAUUUGUACAUGAGCCCCGAGGUCCUGGACAACAAACGGAAGCGGCUGUUCUAUGACGAGCGCGUUGACAUAUACAGCCUGGGUAUCAUCCUAUUCGAAAUGUUCUACCACGCCAUGCCCACUGUGGCCGAACGAAUCGAGGUAUUGUCUGAACUUCGCAAAGAGCAAAUUGUUUUUCCUGCGGAUUGGCACACCAAAAAGCUGUCCAACCAAACACGGUUGAUUCGUUCCAUGCUCGAGCAUGAUCCCGAUCGCCGUAUAAGUGCAUCUGAUCUGCUCGCUUCUCCUUACGUGCCACCGCUGAAAUCCACGGAAGCGGCUUUUCGUAAGCAAUUGGUUGAAAUUUGCAAAGAGCCAAAUAGCAAAAUGUAUCGAUUUGUGGCAAACACUAUGUUUGCGCAAUCUUGCUCUCGUGCAACAGAUAUCCUUUACGAUCGCGAGAUUGGGUCAGAAUUUUUGCUCGGCAAUCUGUCUUCCGAUGAUCCUGGCUUAGAAUUGGACAAUCGCAGCUGGACUUCGAUCACCUCGUGUGAGAUGGAGCAUCAGCUCCACUUGGCCUAUCAGAGUGUGCACAGAACAUUGGUGCGUCAACUGGAGUCCAUUUUUCUCGUACACAAUGGCGUCUUCCUUCAACCUCCGUCAUUGAUGCCAGUGAGUGAAGGACCAGUCUCCCCUCCGCAGCCCAAACCCGAGUCUUCCCCAGUUCCCACCAAGACAAGUACUCAGUCUUUAGACCAGUCUAUAUCCAAGGCACGCAACACUAUCGCGUCCACUGGCCCGGUGUUCCUAGAUGUGCAUGGCUCACCUGUGUGUCUUUCUGACUCAUUGCACUUACGCUUCGCUCGAUACUUGGCUCGUUCUGGUUCCGUGCUGCUCACAACCGAAGAGGACUUUUGCCUCAAGCGGUAUCAGUUCGGUCGUGUCUAUCGUGCGGGUAAUCACACUCCGUCCGCCACCGAUUGGCAGCCCAGUCUGUCUGAUCAUCCACUGGAAACCGAGCAAGCUGCUUUCGAUGUAGUCACUCAGUCACUCAGCGGUAGUAUUUGUUGA